AUGAAGUCAGAUUUUCAAAUUCUGAUUUUUUACCUUCUGCCAGUUUAUUCAUUUGUAGGUUCGAAUCCAGGAAUCGAUUCUUCAACAGAUAAAAUGGCACCAAACAAUAAAACCUAUAUACUUUCUGACAAAUCUGAAAGUUUUAUUAAAACAAUCAACGGACCAACUCGUAUUAGAUGUGAGCAGAAUUCUUUUAUUCAUUCUAACCAUUCCACUUACUUUGACUUCUGUUCCUAUCUAUCUAUCUAUCUAUCUAUCUAUCUAUCUAUCUAUCUCAGUCUUUCAACUCGGCCUCUCUAUCUUUCUAUUGUCAUUUACAUUUCUGGUCACAAACUUGGAUUCUUUUUAAAAGUUUCCGACAAAAGUGAAGAAGAUUUCAGAGAGUUCUUCAUGGAAGAUAAUCCCAAGACAACACUUGGAAGAAAAGAUGAAGAUGUCACACAAACCAUGACUUUUGCCCCAACAAAAAGGAUUUUACCAAUCAAUAAAACAUUUACGACUUCAGUUUUGGAUAAUGGAAGUAAUUCUUCAACAAAGGAAACGCCAACGAACAGUUUACAUGUUAAGACAGUCAUCAUCAUUGUGCUUGCUGUUGUGAUUGUUUUGUUGAUUAUUAUCGCGCUGGUAGCUUUCAUCUUUUACAGAAUAAAGCUUCAGAAAGAAAAAUGGGUGCCAAACAUUGAAACGAAUGAAUACAUGAAUGAAUUUCCGUUUAUUGGAAAUGAAGCAAACGACGUAAAUACUUAUCAUAGCAUAGUUCCAGAUGCAGAGCAAGAUUUUGAUAAUGGCCAAUAUUCUUCUGUCGAGAACGUCUUGUAUGUAACAAGCAAUUCAGUGGAUUUAGCUCAGCUAAAGGCACAGAAUCAGCCUGGAAACAAAGAAUCGGCACCAGGCCCCGAUGCUGUCUAUGCAGUGGUCAACAAGCAAAAUGCCAUAAAAGAUGACUGUUCAGCUACUACAGGGGAUUCACAGCAUGUUGUACCAUUUUCUAAAUUAUUUGCUCUUAAAACUAUUUCUCUUAAUUUUUUUCAUCUAUCUAUCUAUCUAUCUAUCUAUCUAUCUAUCUAUCUAUCUAUCUCAGUCCUUUUAAUAUCUAUCUAUCUAUCUAUCUAUCUAUCUAUCUAUCCCACUCUCUUCAUUCUAUCUAUCUAUCUAUCUAUCUAUCUAUCUAUCUAUCUAUCUAUCUAUCCCACUCUCUUCAUUCUAUCUAUCUAUCUAUCUAUCUAUCUAUCUAUCUAUCUAUCUAUCUAUCUAUCUAUCUCAGUAUCCUCAUAUCUAUCUAAUAAACUAUCUAUCAGCCCGUUCAUAUCUCUCAAUCUCAGCUUGUUUAUACCUAUAUUCAGGCACUUUCUUUCUUUCUUUCUUUCUUUCUUUCUUUCUUUUCUCCCAGAAAUCAAGUAG